AUGGGAGUAAGCCUGUUGUCUCCACAUGUUCAGAAAUCCACCAAUGGGCUCCGGUCUGAACAGGCUGAUGAUCCUGAUGAGAUUUACCAGCUUCUGGUGAACAGUCAGAGCCGCAGAUUAGAUGACCAGCGGGUGAUGCUCACUUCAUCACCGGGGAUGGAGGCAUUCACGAUCAAAGAGCAGAAAGAGACUAAUACAUUGAAAAAAAGCUAUGAUCACAUCUGUAACAUGGUCAGCGGCGCUCAUAGUUUCAGGAGACGGAGUCCUCGAAAAAUGCCCAUGACCCCUGCGUCCCCAAACUUCAGUCUCAGUAAUCCCACUGAGCGUUGUGAUCAUCCCGAUUCCUUCAACAAGCUUCCUUCAGUUUCUUUCAGCCCAAUCUCAGAUAAAGACCAAAUGGAUUAUGAUUUUCAGGGUGAGCAGGACCAGCUUUUCUGUCUAGUGAGUCAAGCACAGCGUGGAAGUCUUGACAAACAACGCUGCUCAAUCAACCCCCUAUCACAUUCAUCCAGGCCAUCAGAUCUUCAUCUUCAAACAGAUCAAGAGGCUGAGCAGUUUUUUAAUCUUAUUGCUAAUACACAAAACCGACGGUUUGAUGACCAGCGAGCAACCCUUAACCUGCUCCCAGAAGUACUUCACUCCACUGGUGUUACUGGUCAGGAAUCUGAUCAACUCUUCAAUCUCGUCUCCAGAAUACAGGGCUCUCGGAUAGAUGAUCAACGCUGUUCUGCUCCUCACAUCCAGCUGGGGUCCCCAGCCCCCCCGAGAAAGUCUCACUCUCGACCCGCAUCCCAGACUGUCCCUCCAUCUCAAUCAGGGCCGACCCGGACAUCAGCAUCCUUCAGUCCAGUCUCAGAGAAUCAGGAACAAAACAGUUUUGAUCAGGACCAGUUUUUCUCUCUUGUCCAUCAUCUACAGCAAAGUCCAAUGGAUGACCAGCGAUGCUCAUUUGAACCCAGCAAAUAUAGUUCUUCCACUAUAAAGACUCCCAACACUACAUCCAUUGCCUUGUCAAAAUAUAUUUGUGCAAAAAUACACUUUUGA